UUUUCCCAGAAGAAUGACAGCAACGACAGCACCGGAGGCCGCGCUCGGGAUUCUCCCUCGAGCGGACGGGUCUGCCAAAUACUCGCACGCCGGAUACACGGUAACGGGCUCGGUAAACGGACCUAUUGAAGCUCAGCGGCGGGACGAGCAUGCAUACGAGGCACACGUCGAUGUGAUCGUUCGCCCGGCGGCAGGGGUGGGAGGGACCCGGGAACGGCAUCUAGAGUCGAUUCUGCAGUCUUCUCUCUCGCAGCUCAUUCUGGUCAAGGACUUCCCCCGCUCUCUCAUCCAGAUCGUGCUCCAAGUUGAGAACUCUCCGGAGAACGACUAUGUCGACACCAAACUUGUGCAGGCGAGCCUAAAUUUUUCCAUUAUGCCGGCGCUUCUUCAGACCGCCGUCCUGGCCCUUCUUUCGGCGGCCGUCCCGAUGAGGGCAACGGCUACCGCCACCGCCAUCGCGGUAGCGCAGCAAGGCGACCACAAGAAGACCAUUAUAGAUCCUUCCCCGAGGGACAUCGAAACGGCCCAUUCGGUACAUGUGCUGGCGUUCACGUCUCACGAUGAGCUGCUUCUUGCUGAGAGCGAGGGUGACUUCACUGUAAGGGAUUGGGACGAUGUCUACGAAACCGCCAAGAGGAUCUGCUGCCGCUCCGCACGGCCAAAGGAGGGCAUGGCGAUGGUGCUCGACGAAGAUGAUGUCGGUGGGCCGGAUAUGCGGCACUUCCUUCAAUCAACAAUGGAAUCCAAAGUGGCUGCGGAUCUCCAUUGGAAGUAACGCAUCGCGGGAUUUGCCGCUGGUUUGUCUCGAUUCCGAGGGUCGGACCAGACCAGGACGUCCGCCAGAUGCACGAGCUAGGCGGUCAGAACACAAGGAUGGAGCUACGGAUACCCAAAGGCGCAAAAGGUUCGAAGUGCCGCUCAUGCCGCAGCUGUGGUGACAGUCAAAAACAACCUUGUCCAUCGAGGUGCACAAAACGAGCUAGCCAGAUGAGGAAACCUGGAAAGCAUGGGUGUGUCGCGUUGCCCCCUGAAGUGCUACGCGGUUACACUACAUGACGACAAAUCAGCUCCCGGCAAUCGCCUGUGGCGUCGCGGCAUUGGAGAGCAUGGAGCUGUCACCGAAGAACAAGACAAUCGAAAAAGCACCCUUAUUCAUGGGCUUGCCCAUGACUUUUGGCAUCUUUCUUACCUCAAGACUCGUUAAGCUUGUGAUGGAA